CUUUCAGCGGAUGGAAGCAUUAAGUUAUUCGCUGUUCUCAUGAUGAAAUGUCUCCGAGACGCAAGGCUUUAAUUUUAAAAUUUCUGUCGGAUGUACGAUUUCAUUGAUUAUUUUUUCUCGGAAAAGUACAACGCAAGAUUGGGAGCAGGUAAAUGGGUAAUAUGGCAGUUAGGAGCGUCCUUUGAAGUCUUUUCCCGUUUCGUCGCUGGAUUGAUCGUGUCAUUUAGUGAGGGGCGCUGUGUUGUUUGAAAAGCCUCAUGUUUUCAACGGGUCAAGAGGAGCACUGUGCGCCCACCAAAGAGCCAGUGAAGUACGGCGAACUGGUGGUUUUGGGGUACAAUGGUACACUUCCCAAUGGAGACAGAGGGCGAAGGAAAAGCCGGUUUGCCCUUUACAAGAGAGCCAAAGCUAACGGUGUCAAACCCAGCACUGUACACAUCCUUAACACACCACAAGCCAGCAAGGCAGUGAACUGUAAGGGCCAGCACAGCAUCUCCUACACGCUGUCCAGAAACCAGACGGUGGUGGUGGAGUACAGCCAUGACAAAGACACAGACAUGUUCCAGAUCGGACGAUCGACGGAGGGCCCUAUUGACUUUGUGGUGACCGACACGGUGUCAGGUGGAGGGGAGGGUGAGGAAACACCCAUCACUCAAAGCACCAUCUCCCGCUUCGCCUGCCGGGUGGUGUGUGAACGUAACCCGCCAUACACGGCGCGCAUCUACGCUGCAGGCUUUGAUUCUUCCAAGAAUAUAUUUCUCGGAGAGAAAGCAGCCAAAUGGAAGAAUCCAGAUGGUCACAUGGACGGUCUGACAACCAAUGGUGUGCUAGUCAUGCACCCACGGGGCGGGUUCACAGAGGAGUCCAAGCCUGGUGUGUGGAGGGAGAUAUCAGUGUGUGGAGAUGUUUACACACUGAGAGAAACGCGGUCUGCCCAAACACGAGGCAAACUGGUGGAGAGUGAGAGUAACGUACUGCAGGAUGGCUCUCUGGUUGACCUCUGCGGAGCCACGCUGCUCUGGCGCACAGCCGACGGCCUUUUCCACACCCCCACUCAGAAGCACCUGGAGGCCUUACGGCAGGAGCUGAACGCAGCCCGGCCUCAGUGCCCCGUGGGCCUCAACACCCUGGCCUUUCCCAGCAUGCAACGCUGCAGCCGCGCCCUGUCCAGCGGACCCACCCAGGAGGACAAACAGCCCUGGGUCUACCUUGCCUGUGGCCACGUUCACGGCUACCACGACUGGGGCCACCGUUCCGAACGGGACGCCAAUGCUCAAAGAGAGUGUCCCAUGUGCAGAACCGUGGGCCCCUACGUACCACUCUGGCUUGGAUGCGAACCGGCCUUUUACGUAGAUACUGGCGCACCGACGUACGCCUUUGUGCCUUGCGGUCACGUGUGCUCUGAAAAGUCAGCCCGAUAUUGGGCGGAGAUUCCUUUACCGCACGGCACCCAUGCUUUCCAUGCGGCCUGCCCCUUUUGUGCCACCCAACUCAAUCUGAUGCAAAAGUGGGCCAAGCUGAUCUUUCAGGGGCCUGUAGACUGACCGCACAGAGGAGGUUAUAAUGAACUGGUGGGCAGUGGAGUAUGUAAUCGAAGAGGAAUCCAGUAUGCAAGGACAGUUGGUGUAAGGGCUGUGAAGCUGCCUUUGAAACGCGUAUGCAGGAGAACGACAUGGCGAAUGACAGGAGUGAUUUUCUGACUGUUAUUUUGUCUACCGGCCCACAAGAUGUCAGUUCACACCACAUCACUCAGGAGAUUUAAUACAUUUCUAUAUAGGACACUUGGCUUUAGAGACUCUAGGUGCUUCGUUUGGUUCUCGGUGAUCCUGAUCCUCGGUUGCUUUAAUGAUCUAUAUCCGGUGAUGUCCAAAGAACUUGAUUUUCUGGUUCUAGUGUGUCGAGUUGGGACUAAACUGUGCAGGAUGGCCGGAAAACCAUGAGCAGGAUCCAUUAUUUUAAGUAAUUCAAUGAGGUCAGAGGUCAGAAUCCCGUUUCCCAAAUUCCACUGAGAGCUUCUACGAGGAUGUACUUGUUGGAGUAGUGUUUUGGGAACUGCAAUACUAAAAUAGUGGUUUCCAAAGAUUAAUUUUU